CCAAGCUUGGCAUGCAAAUAGUUGUGUUUGGACUUGCUGCCAUGUAGCAGGCGUGUGUAUUCUUUCAGGCAGCAGGCCGGGUUGCUAAAUAAUUUUUUUUAGAUGUAUUAUUAGAGACAAAGAUUGUUAAAAACCAAUUAAUGGUUGUAUAUAGUUGAUGGAGUCUUUUUUCUAAAAAUCUUCUCCAUUCCAAUUCCCAGCUUUACAUAGAAUUUAUUUUGUUUCCAAAACUAACUUGGAAAUCUAACUUUUAGAGACGGAUUUUGGGCCAAAUUUUCUUAAUAUUGCAAUUGUGAUGGAGCCGAGUUUUUUGUAAUUAAUACGUGGAACAAAAAAAAGUCACAAAUUGAAUCUGUUAAUUAUUUCUCUGUAAAAAAAUUGUUAGCCAUUUCUUUUUAGAAAAGAUAUUUUUUCCUAAUCCUAAUAGGAAAUAUUCUACUUUUCAUAAAUGGAAGAUUUUUGGUUUCCGAUUUCGUAGUCUGCAACAGCAACCAAUUAAAGAAUAUGAAAUACAUGCAUAUAUAGGAAAGAAAAGUUAAUUAAUUCUUUAAGUAUGACAUUUAAUUAGUAUAAUUAAAAAUCCAUUAAUUUUAUACAUAGUUUGUCUACUGCUUACUAAAGAUUCAUAAAUACUGGAAUAAAGAAGAUGCUAUCUAUCACAUUAAUGCUUAAUGCUAGAAUACUCGAGUCCCUUUAUUAGAAAGAUAGAUUAUGGUAAGAACUGCUUAAUUCAUGGUGAUCUCCCUUCCAUGUUCUUGCAACGCCGCCGCCGCCGCCGCAGAAGCUACUGUUAUUUUUGUCACUACUGUUCACAAUUGUAGUUUUUGAAUGCAGGAUGUUUAUUUCAGCUUUUUGAUCCUUUGCAUUGCUGCGUCUAGUUUUGGCAUUGGACAUGGCCAAAAAGUUUUUAAUGUGGUUGAUUUUGGUGCCAUAGGAGACGGCCAGAUUGAUGAUACCAAUGCCUUUUUAUCUGCAUGGCAAGCUUUGUGUGGAGAUGAUGUAGCUCAGGGUACACCUUCCCUUCAGAUACCUGAAGGAAAAACAUUUUUACUGCAGCCUGUGAAAUUCCAGGGUCCUUGCAAGUCUGUAUUUGUUCAUGUCCAGGUAAAAACAUUUCAGGUUCAAGGGAAAAUCAUCGCUCCCAACACCAUUGAGGAAUGGAAUAACUGUCAAGCAGAUUACUGGAUAGGCUUUGUAGGCGUAGCCAAUCUCAAUAUGUAUGGAUCAGGACUAAUUGAUGGCCAGGGUUCGAAAGCUGAACAUAUUUGUUUUCGGAUUUUUUACACCGUCGAGGUUUCAUUUUCUGUCAAAUUACUGAAAAAGCAAUCGAGAACGUUGCAGGCUCUGAACUUCGAGAAAUGUGAUGAUCUUCAGCUUAGUGGUCUAACUCAUGUUGACAGUCCAAAAGGCCAUAUAGGAAUCACUGAUUGCAAUGGUGUCCUUAUCUCUAAUCUUAAUAUCGCUGCACCUGAAAACAGCCCCAACACGGAUGGAAUCGACAUGGCUAGAUCGACCAAUGUUCAUAUUCAAGAUUCUAUGAUAGCAACUGGUGAUGACUGUGUUGCUAUCAAUGGUGGCUGCUCUUAUAUCAACAUCACCAACAUUGCCUGUGGACCAGGCCAUGGCAUUAGCGUAGGAAGUUUAGGAAAGGAUGGACAGUAUGAUACAGUGGAAGAGGUGCAUGUUCGGAACUGUAGCUUCACCGGGACUCAAAACGCGGCAAGAAUCAAGACAUGGCAGGGAGGAUCCGGGUAUGCAAGGAAGAUUUCCUAUGAGCAAAUCACGCUUGUAGCAUCUAAAAAUCCUAUCAUAAUUGAUCAGUAUUACUGCGAUGGUGUAAAUAAUUGCAGAAACUCGUCGACAGCACUGCAAGUGAGCGACGUGACAUACAGUGGCUUCCAAGGGACAUCUGUAGAUGAAGAAGCAAUCAGAUUGGACUGCAGUGACAGAGGUUGUAUCAACAUUGUAAUGGACAAUAUCAACAUAACCUCAUUGGAUCCAGGAAAAACUACUUAUGCCUAUUGCGAACACACUAGUGGAACAUCUUGGUUUACUGCACCGUAUGUGCCCUGCCUAUCAGUAUCAGGAUACUGACUGGAGAGCUUAACUGUUUUUCUUUAGGGAUUUUUAAUUACUGCACAUACCACAGACCAUUGCAGUCAUGGCGAUCCAAUCAGACAUCUUGUGCCAAGCUAUUUCUUGUAGGUGCCUGAUGGCUGCGUAUGUUGACCUUUUCUGAUACAUUCUCCUCUUGGCAUUGUUAGCCCUCCUUCCUUUUUACUUUCAUCCCCUUCUGUUGUCUGAUAUCUCUCAGGUUUUGGUCACCUCAAGGUUUUUCUACAAGGAAUUUGGA